AUGAAGCUGCUUUGGCUGUUUCUGGCCAUCUUCUCGUUCCUCGCCUUGAGCGAUGGCCGACCAUUCGGCGACAUCAGGAGCCUACUCAGGCGCGUUGAUACACCUGACCUCUGGGGCAGUGCACACAGGCCUGAUGAGCUCGAUUUUGGCAAGAAGGACGUAACAGUCGUCCUUCGCGCAGACUCUCGAAGCCCAGAGGAGAUUAGACAGGCAGGAGGGUUCUUCGCGAGGCCCGGUCCGGACACGACUUCAAGAUACAACCUGUUCAACCACAUCAUGGGCAACCUCGAAAACACAGCCUAUGUCUCAACGACUGAAGAACUCUCCGUGGCCGCCGCCUACGCCAGGAAUAUCAAACUGCACCCCAACAACAAGGAGAAGAAAGCCUACAUCUACAAGAUUCAAACUUCAUCCCGGUUCAUAGACAUGAACAGAUCGAUGCGCAUCAUGAAGGGCUCAAGUGGUGUUGAACACGUUGCUAUGGUUGGGAUCCCCUAUACAGACAUCAUUUCAUCCACCGAGGCGACAGACGCAGUAUUGGAAAACCCUCAAUCAGCUCAAUUCCAAGACAAUCCUGCUUUCAAGCCGAGAAGCAAGCCCGGAAGCACGAUACGGCCGGAAUUGGCCGUGUUUCCACCGUCGCACCCGGCCUGGAAGGCAAAGCCCUGGUCCACGUACAAGAAACCGCUUGAUCUGGUACAGAAGUUUAGCGAAGUCUUGGAUACUAUACAAGAGAAUCCCCCGAGAGAGGCCUCUACCAGUGCGGCCGAGGACAAGGCAAGAAGCAAGCAGGCCCGGAAGCAGCGCCAGCGCAAAAUCAAGUCCCAGAACAAGCCUCGUCCCGGUGCGGGCAACGAGGGCGCGACGGACGGCGGCGACGAGGGCCCCCCUGAAGACGACGGCCAGGAUGGUGAGGGCACAUCAUCCGACAGCGGGCGUCGGCUACGGGAGAAGAACCGGAAGAAGCCGACUCAGGGUUCGCACGCAAGUGAGCCGCCGGAAGACACUGGCGAUGAUGGGAGCUCUGCGGGCGAAGACAAUAGAUCCAAGGCCCAGAAAGCAAAGGAUUGGAUCCGGAAGAAGUUUGGCAAGAAGAAGAACAAGAAGACGAAGCCGAAGCCAAACCGUCCGACAAGCAGCCACAGCAGCGGCAGCGACACUUCGCACAAGCCUUGGACUAAACCGGGUCGUAAGCCUGGGCGUGGGGGUCAUAGCAAGCUAUAG